UGACCUCCUGAUUCAUGGGGUGACCCUCAACCACUGAGCCAUGCCAGCCAGGCCAGGACCCACCAUGGAUCCCUCAGUCCUGCUGGCCUUUCCCUUGCUCCUGGCUCUGUCCACACCUUGCAGUGCUUGUCAAUGUAAACUUCAGCACCCUCAGGAAUAUUACUGCACGUCAGACACUGUCUUACUAGUUGAUAUACUAGGACCAGGAGAAAACACUGCGCUAAAACGAAGUUUCAAAGUCAGGAUCCUUAAGAUCCUCAAGGGUCCCAUGAGACUCACAGAAAUCCAUAAUAUCUACACCCCUCUCCGUCCAGAUGACUGUGGAUAUGAAGAGACGAGCUCUGAACAAUCACAGGUACUUAUUGCAGGCUUCCUGAGGGCCCGAAGAGUGAUCUUCACCAAGUGCCAUAUGUUGUCUUUCUGGCAGCAGCUCACCCUAGAGCAGAGGAUAGGUUUCGAGGGAGCAUACAAAAGAGGCUGCAAAUGUCACGUUCAACCCUGCUUCCUCUGCUCACUUGGCUGCCCGGAAGCUGAUCUCACAGACUGUGUGUGGGAACAAAGAAAUUGUCAAUAUAACGUUUGGAGCGAAAACCACUCCUUAAACUCCAUGUGUGUCCCCUCCACAGCUGGUCACUGUGAGUGGACUGGAGUCCAAGCCUGAGCUCCAGCAACUGUUCCAAGCAUGACUCCUCAGGUUCUGCCCUAGGGUUUUAAUAUUCUAUUGCUGGAUCUGGCCAAUGAAAACAGAACUGGGUUGUACACCUAAAUUUUGCUUACUUUCUGCAAGCAGUGUAUGCAUCCAUAAAAUCUACAAAAAAAUAAA